AUGCGCUGGUUGAUGAACGACAACACCUGUCCAUUCUGCCGUUCAUUAGCAGACGAAGUACACAUCACGCGAAACCCUGAAAACAUCAAGCACGAGGCCUCACUUGCUCUUAAAAAACUGGGUAUGUUUUGCCAGGACGAUGCUAUGAAGAAACAACUGGAACACCUGAUGCGUUAUCCUUGUCCUAGAUGCGACAAAGAGCUUCUCACAUUGAAAGCCCUCAAGGAGCAUGUGAGUUCAACGCACAGAUCUAAUUUUUGCAUGGUUUGCGCUCGAAAUGCUUCCCAGUUCUCAGAUGAGUAUGCCCUGUUUAAUGCGUCUGAGUUAAAUAGACACAUGAACUCACGGCAUCGACGAUGUGAGUUUUGCAAAUGGACAUUUUAUUCACCAGACGAUUUGGCAAACCAUUGCCGUAAAGAGCACGAAUCCUGCUUUAUUUGUGACAAGCGGGACCCUACGAGACCACAGUAUUUCGCCAACUACGAGAAGCUUGAAGAGCAUUUUCAAAAAGAACACUACGCUUGUAUGGUGCCAGAAUGUAUAAACGACAAGUUUGUGGUUUUCGCGGACCGUGUAGAACUUCAGGCUCAUAUGGCUAGCGAGCAUCCAGCGCUUAUUGGAAAAUAUUUCCGUGGUGUCAACUUGGCCGAAAUGGCAGCCUCUGCCCCGAAAGGAGGAGCGAAGCCUUCAGAACAAGAGAGCAAGGAGUUGGCGCAGAGACGAUAUAGCGAACGGUUGAAGAUCUAUGCGAAUCACGAUCAAGAGAAGAUCCAAAAGAUUUUGGACGCCAAUUCUACUUUUGAGAACAAAAAUGUUCCAACUGCUGCAUUUAUAUCAAGCUAUAACAACGUCUUGGAUGUACCCGAUGACCAGAUUACCGUUUUGCUGAAGGAGUUUUCGAAAAUCACUGUCGCAAAUAACAAAAAAACCCAAGAGCUUUCAAAUGCCCUGGCUCACCGCAUGGGCGCUGCAUCGGCAGCAGCAGCCACCGGCCAAGAACCUGCUCAGCCAGGACCCUCUUCGCGACCAGGAUCAUCGUCCACGCCCAAACCCCCUGUUCUUGGUGGCUGGACGAAUUCUAGAGUGACUGGUGCUAUCAACGUCAAAGAAUUACCUCGUUUAGGUGAAAGAAAGCGGGCAGACUACCUGUCGAAACCUAGCACGGUGGUCAAACCACAAAUACCCGGAUCAUCUUUGCCCCGUUUAGGAGCAAAACCUAAAAAGUCAGCUACAGGUUUGAUCGGUGGUGGAGGUCCUCAGACUAGGCUUCCGGCACUGGGAUCCCGAUCAGAUCGAAUCCUACUCAAUGAACAGCUGCGCUCAGGCAGUGUGUCCCCAGCCCCUACAUCGUCCUCGGCAGCAUCAUCGCCGUCAAUCUCACGUUCGAGCACACCCCGUGGUAGCGGUGUUGAUUUGACGUCGCUCCCCCGGCUGCCUGGAGCAAAGAAAUCAGAAGGCAAGAAGGGGCCCACCAAGGUAUUACGAAUUGUCUAA